AUGAUCUGCCAACGGUGCCGAACCAGCAUCCUCUCUCGACUCCAGCCGCAAACCUCGAUUGCCUGGUCUGCUCCGUCAUGCACCCGCCAGCUUCCAAUCCAGCGCAGCCUCUUCCGGAAUUACAGCACGGAUGGCAAGCCUACUGUUUCCGCUCCCCCGCCGCCUCCUUCCCCUAGACAGCCCGUCGCGGGUGACAUCUCGAUCCCGUCGGCCGUUUCGUCCGCUACCCCCGGGGUGUCGCAACCCUUGAGCACACCGGAGGGCAUUCACACCGACGUGGACCCCGAAAAGCCCACCAAGCCCACUCCCAGACCUACGCAAAGCUCCUGCCCGGCCGGUUCCAUGCUGCAUGGUCUCAAUUACUUCAAGAACAAGCCGAACGUCGUCGCCCGGGAGGACUCCGAAUAUCCGGAUUGGCUGUGGACGUUGCUGGACGAUAGCAAGAAGUCCAAGAAAUCCGAGGGCGGAGUCGACCCAAGCACUCUCAAUAAGAAACAGCGCAAGCGCUACGAGAAGAAGAUGUCUGCUCGCGCUGCCCUCCUCCCGCCUCAGAUCCCCAUCCACCACCACGCUACCGAUAUUACCCCUGCCGAAUACAACCGCAGCGAAUCGGCGACCGAGAGCAUCUUGGACCAGGCCGCGCAGAGUCUCGACAAGCGGGCCGAGAUCACAAAGAGUGCCAGAGAUGCCCGCAGAAAGGCUAUUCGGGAGGCCAACUUCCUGCGCGGACUCUAA